ACGAACCGGAGUACCUCGCCGUCGACGUCUCAUAUUGAUGAUGUCAUCAAGAACGGACGCUGCUCGCUGGGGAAUAUAAACAGAACAACGUGUCGACAAACGCACGGUAAAAUGGGUAAAAACAAACAGAAAGGCAAAAAACAGACAAAUGUCUUCCAAGUGGCAGCGAACAAGCACUUGAAGGCCAAAAACAAAGCCAAACCCAUCCGGACGACACUCAAACAUAUCAACGCUGUGAAGAAUGAGAAGGUGGAGAACCUCAACCAGAUGUUCUCGCAAGUUCAUCGGGAUGUCAGCGUUUCCAAACCGGUCGCUGCAGAAGCAAAGAAACCAGCACAGCAGCUCGUCAAAGAGCCGCCAAAGGAGCCGGUGAAUGUCGACAGCGCUGCCCAGCUCUUCUCUCAGCUUUGAUGGUUUCAGUUUUCGUUUGCAUGUGAUUAAUUUUUUUUUUCACCUGUCGUUUGUCUGUACAUAAAUCCGAACUGCUUUUAAUCACGUGAAAACGUGAACAUAUAUACAUUGUUGGGGGUGGGGGGGGGCAUAAUAUACAAACACAGUUUAAUUGAUACUGAAAUUUUGGUACAAAUUUUUUUUGUCUCAUGUGGUUUGAAAAUAUUUUGAAAUUGCUAAAUCGUUUUUUGGUUUUUAAAUGAUAACAUACAAUAAAGACUCAAUUCUGGACUGCAAAA